CUGUAUCCGUCAAAUGUGGGUGAAAAUUUGAUAUCCAAUAACCACUCUAUUUGACUAUACAGUAUAGUUUUCAAUAAAUUGUUAUUGAAGAUUUUAUUACCUUCUAUUAUUAGAAGUAAAAUGUGUUAAGAUUGAGAUGUGCUCAUUUUUCGAAUAAGCAUAAAAUCAUAAUAUUAAAAUAUAAAACAAAAUGUUUCCAUGUACAUUUGCGCUAGCUUUCGUUUUUAUGUUAAGUUUACCAGAUCAUGUUGCUCCGGUGGAGGGUUCAGUGUUUGAAUAUGAUCCAGAAAUGUUUAAAUUACAAAUCCAAGAAAUGGAUGGCAACUUUAUAAUGUUCUAUGCACCUUGGUGUCGACAUUGCACCGAAUUUGAACCGAUAUGGACUGAGCUAGGCGAAUUAAUAAAUACUGAGGGAUCCAGGUUUGUUAUUGCUCAGAUGGAUUGCACAAAAUAUCCAAAAUUGUGUCAUGAAAAUGACAUAACAGGAUAUCCAACAUUGUUAUACUUUCCCAAAAAUUCAUUUUCACCCAUUGAAUAUAAAGGGACAAGAGAUCUUCCUUCACUUACACUGUUUUUAAGUGAGGUUUUCACCAUGGGGAAGGAUGUUGAUGAGAAACCUGAAAGAGAAACAACUGAAGUAAAAAUAUAUAGUGGUAUGGCAUAUUUAAAUGAUCAAAAUAUAGAAAAAUUUAUAUCAAGUGGACAGCAUUUUAUAAUGUUUUAUGCACCGUGGUGUAGGGGUUCACAGAUGUUAGGGCCGAUAUGGGCCAAGUUGGCGAUGCAAUAUGCAAAUAAUGAGUACAUACAAAUUGGUCAAGUCAAUUGUAUGCUUAAUGAAAUGACUUGCAAGAACUUUGAUAUCAAGCAGUACCCAUACCUGUUAUGGAUUUUUAAUGGAAGAAUUAUGGGUGUCGCUGUAGAAACAUACACAUUGGAAGAUUUAACAGAAUAUGUUGAGAAAAUGCUGCUAACUGAAAAUCAUGACCCAGAUAAAUUCAUGAAGAAAAAGAAAGCAUUGCCGGUUGCAAGAAUAACAGAGGAAACAUUUGAGACAUUCUUGCAAAAAGAUCUGGUGUUCAUUAAUUAUUUUGCACCUUGGUGCGCCCAUUGUAUGCAAUUAGGUCCUCUCUGGAUGAAGCUGGGUGAGAAAUUCCAGAAUGAACCCAGGGUACUGAUAGCUGAUGUUGAUUGUGUUAGAUCAAAAACUGUUUGUGAAAUGGAGAAGAUUAAUGGUUUACCAACACUUAUUUUAUACAAACACAAGGAAAUUGUCAAUAUUGAACAUGGUGGCCGACCUCUAGAGAGCUUGGUUAGUUUAGUUAAUGAACAUUUACAAAACUCCACUAAAAAAGAAACAGAUGCGGAGAAAUCAGAUCUGGUAUCAAAUGAUGCUAAUCUUGAUAAAGCCAGUCAAGAAAGCAAUGAGUUAGAUAGUGCAGAAAAAGAUAAAACAGUUGACGAUGAAAUAAUCAUACAAGACGAAACAAAUAAACUACCAGAAAAUUUUCAUGAUUUGGAUGAAGUAGUGGAAGUGAAUGAUGAUGAUGAAAAGGAAUUGCUUACCAAAGAUGAACUUUAAUAGAUAUUUCAUAGGUAGAGAAAUAAAAUAUUAUUUAUUUGAUCUCA